AUUAUCUAUGAGUAGUAUAACGUCAAACCUUCACAGUCUUACAUAACCUAAAACUUCUGGUGAAGUUUAAAUCAACAAAAACAUAAAAAUCAAAAACAUAUUUAGUAGUAAUGAACUGUAAUUAUAAUAUUGAUAAUUAGAAUACUAAAAUGUCUCAGUUUUCGGGUCCUGAAAUUAAACAUACUCUACGAAAGUUAGAAUUUCCUGUAUGCUCCAAAGAAGCUCUCUUAAAAAUUGGUCAGUUAACAUGUGGCCGAGUUCCAAGUAUAAAACACAUGGAUUUAGCACUUGAUUUAAUGGCAGAAUUCAUUUUCCAUGAAGUGGAUAGAAGAGGAAACAAAAGGACACUUCCACUGACCACAAUGCAAGAAAUACAACUAGUAGAAGUUCUUUAUGAUUACUUUAAUUCAGUCAAUAAUGAUACUGCUAGAAAUUCUGUAUUUUUAUCUUUAUUUAGUGGUACAACGGCAAUUAUAAGGUCUGGAAUAUUAAGCAAACUCGUAUCGAUGGCAAUAGGUAUUCCGUCCCAUUUUAUUCUGAUAUCAGCAAGUACAUUAAUGCAACAACUUGGCAACACAUCUCCAAACAGUUAUAGGCUUGCUAAUGCUUUGGUUAAAGAUUAUUUCGUUUUAAUGCCCAAUUCAUCAAAGCAACUUCAUUUGGUACCAAGAUUAGCCCCACAAUUUGCAUCCAAUUUCUUAACUGCUGUUGCUGAUAUAUAUUUUGCUGACGUUAAAAAAGGACCUCUCAUAUUUCCACCUGCCACUUUAUUAGAAACAAUAACAGAUUGGGUUAGUGAAAAUACCCAGCUCUGUGUGGCCGCUCAGCAGACUCAAUCGGCUCUACCACCCGGUGCAAUAGCAAUGGAGGCUACUACACCAUUUGCUGGUUUACUUAAGUGGUGCAUACUAGCCCCAAUUUAUAGGCAGACCUCUGAAAUAUAUGGAAAGUUACAUCUAGGUUUGAUAGAAAAUAUGCUUGAAAUUCCACAUUCUAAUCCACCACGGGCCAUAUUUGCUCAACAUUUAAUAAUCUCAAUAGGAAAUAUUUGUAGGUAUGCUGUGGAUCUUCAAAACAGAUCAAGAAAAAGUGACCCAACUGAAAGGCAAAAGAUGUUUUUAGAAGAUACAGCCCUUCAUUUGUGCCUUGAUCGUUUUGCACAGGCCAUUCAAAUUGCCUUAAGCGUUAAUUGUGUAUAUGGAAAUAUUGGCGACAUGAUUAAUCAAUUAAAGCAGUUGCCAUUUAAUAAGUUAAUGGCAAUUGUUAUUAAUUCGUAUAAGAAUAAAACGUGAUCUUUUUUGUA